CCACACCUUUAACUCCAGCUCCUCCCAGUACUGCCGUCCUAUCUCCACACAAAGCAUCACCAGCACAGACUCCGGAGACAGCGAGGAGAACUAUGUCCCUAUGCAAAACCCAGUGUCUGCAUCCCCUGUUCCCAGUGGCACCAACAGCCCAGCUCCGAAGAAGAGUACUGGCAGCGUGGACUACCUAGCCCUAGACUUCCAGCCGGGCUCCCCGAGCCCUCACCGAAAGCCAUCCACAUCAUCUGUCACAUCGGAUGAGAAAGUAGACUAUGUCCAAGUGGAUAAAGAGAAGACCCAGGCCCUGCAGAACACCAUGCAGGAGUGGACAGAUGUGCGGCAAUCCUCAGAACCUUCCAAGGGUGCCAAGCUGUGAUAAAGGGGGCCACGGAGCUCAAGGGCCACGAGGCAGCUGUUCAGAGCUAGCUCUUCUUUGUCACCUCCUCCCUCCCUCCCCACACCUCUCCUCUGUACCACUUUCAGCCUUUAAAGCACUCAUCAUCAGGGACCCUGACCCUUACCCCUUGGAGGCAAGGGCCUGAUGGAGAUACUUCCUCUGCCACUUGGGGUCCACCUAUGACUUCUAUCAAUACUAGCUGUGCCUCCACCACCCUUGUUAGGAGCUGUUGCCAAAAAAAGAAAAAGAAAAAAAAAAAAAAAAGCUUCCUGCUUUGGACCCAUCUGUCUGCUGCUUGGACUCUUAGAGGGAGGGCUGAGGCUCUGAGCCAGGCUCAUGCCUCCUGUCUGCUCACAGCUCUCUACCCUCUACCUCAGGGCUGCUUCUCCAUCCCCAGGGGAUAACCCAGGGAGCCAAGGAUCAGCAGACUAAAGUAGACAUGGGUUCUCACAUCCCUGCUGUUUUUGGCAAAGGAAAAGCAAGGUGCCAAGAGAAGAAAUGGUUGAUAAUGAAGGUCAGAAGUUGCUUUGAGUGACAAAGAAAUUAGGUCCCAAGGCACAGAAGGGUAGCUAAUCACCUGCAGGGUGGUAUCCAAUUAUCAGGCCAUGAUGUAGACUGGGAGAGGCAAAGGAUGAAGGAUAGCAGGAAGGAAAAGUGAUGACAAGCAACCAGGAACAAAGAACAGGGCUUAGGGUAACAAACCCUGGAGCGAGAGGACUCUGCCACUCUGGGACAGGCAGUGCUCUUUCCUGGCCCAGACAGAGAAGACAGAGUGGGAAAGAGUAGGGGUAAUGCAGGCGCUGGGAUGCAGGGGGACCCUGGGACAGGAGUGUGGUAGGCCCAGGGACACUGUGGCAGUGAUGGCACAGAAAGCAGGUUACUAGGAGGUAGGAAGGUGCAGAGAUGACUUAGAGGCUGGGAAGCUGGCCAUGCAGCAGGUGGGGUGGCAUCCAAAGGGCCUGAUAGAGAGCCCAAGGCCACAUGCAGGAGUGCCACAGGAAGGAGAAUGGGAAGGAGCCAUACUUGAUAAAAUCUAGGAAAUACAUGAAGGUCUGGGUAAUGGCUUGGGCCAGAUAGAGGCACCUCUGACUGAGUGCCAGGCCAGGUCUUUGUCUCAGCUCUUCUCUAAGCUGUCCUCAGCUGCAGGGAUGGUAGAGACUAUCCCUCUUCUCCCAUGGGGUCAGAGGGAUGAGAAGCAGAUAUCACUUAAGGCUCCUAAGAUAUGGCAGGGAGAGCUGAAUGUGUUUGUGUGGAAGGUUGUUGACCAAAUCUUCAAACAUUUCAGAGAAAACAGGGCAAACCAGCAUUUCAUUUUGUCUUAGAAGAACAGACCAUUGUCCUCUAAAUCUAGAACCUUUCAGCACUAACAGCACACCUCUCCUGUCUCCUCUAGAGAGCCCUAACAAGGAGUUCCUCAGUAAUAGCCCCUCUUCUCACAUGAGAAUGGAUCAUUUAGUAAUAGUUGCCAAGCCCUGUGCUACAGAUGAAUCCUACCUUGUGAGGUCACAACCAGUGAGAAAAGUAAAAGAUGGACUACUUACAAGUACAGAGGAAGGGGAGAUGCUAAGGGAGACUGGGCCACAGGGAGGGGAGGUGCCAGGGAACGAGCAGAGUGAGUUACCCAGAAAAGGUAGGCAGGGCUGGAUCCCUGGAGGAGAGGGGGUGAGGGAAGCCUCAGCUUUGAGAACAGAAGGUGUUUGAAGGUAUGAAGGCAGCCUC